AUGGAAGAGUGUAACAGAUUGGGGUUAGCCAAAUCCAUAGGUGUCAGCAACUUUGGCAUCAAAAAGCCCACACAGCUCUUAGAAAAUGCCACCAUCCCUCCUGCAGUCAAUCAGGUGGAAAUGAGCCCAUCAUGGAGGCAGGUGAAACUCAGAAUUCUUCAAGCAGAAAGGAAUCCAUUGAUGGAGAACACAAUCCUUAAGGAAAUUGCACAUGCAAUACAGAAGAGUGUAGCUCAGAUAGCACUGAGAUGGAUAUACGAGCAAGGGGCAAGUGCUAUUGUAAAAAGCUUCAACAAGGAGAGAAUGAAACUAAACCUUGAACUAUUUGAUUGGGAACUGACCUGGGAGGAGGCACAGAAAUUCAGCCAGAUACCACAGCUGGAGCAAAAUGUCUUCCAAAUAUAUGUAUCUUUGCAACUCCAGCCAGCUGCCAAUGAGUUCAAUGGGAGAAGAUUUGGUUAUUAUGCCUGUGUUCUUGAGUAA